GCUGGACACAGCCGGGGUAGCAGAAGGCCGGCAGCAUGUCCUCUAAACUUCAAUCCACAGGCCCCAAAGCCAAGGACCACCAGCCCUCAGCCCAAGAGAGUCUGCCAGCCCCAAAGGCCAAUGCUGAAGCCAUCCACUUCCUCAGCAACCUCAAGCAGGAGGAGCUGCAGAUGCUGCUAUUCUCCGAGACUCUGGCCAUGGUCUCGGACACGGGGGAGCCUCAGGGAGAGCUGAUCAUUGAGGUGCAAACAGGGAAAUACACAGACGAAUCUGGUGUGAGGUCGCACUGCCUCCUCGUGCACGCCUUUAGCCGCGGCUUCAUGGACAAAAUGCUCUGCGGAAACUCCCUCCUGGGCUACCUCUCAUGGAACCUGCAUAUCAUGGAGCAACAUAGUCAGGAGUUCAUCAAGUUCAGAGUCCUCCCCAUGGAGCGGAAGAUGAGUUUGGUGAAGCAGGACGACCAGCUGGCCAUGACCAGAAGGGUCAAGGAGGGUGAGGAAGUCAAGACCGAAGUGACUUUUGUCCCGGGGAGCUCAACCAUGGGCUUCAUCUCCGAGGCUGCCAACCUGGUGUUGCUGAGGGUGAUGGCCUGGCGCCAGACCGUGCCUAGCAGCGCCCGUUUCCUGGCCUUGGACACGGAGGGCAAAUUCUGCUACUCUACUUACCAAGAUCUGGGCUUCCAGAAGAUCCAGGUCGGCCGCCAGCAGGUGGAAGUGUUCAUCGUGGAGCAGACUGUCCACUCAGUUAAAGGCAUCCCCAAUUCCUGCCAGUUCUACCUGCUCUCGGAUGGGCACCUGGCCAAGAGAAUCCAGGUGGGUUCCCCGGGGUACUGCACGAUCACCCAGAUGCCUGUCUUGAGGGAGAAGGAUGAGACUGAGCCUAGCCCCGCAUUUGAGAAGAAGCCUCUGGUGUGGGAGGAGGAUAUGGAACUCUACUCGAGGUUCCUGGACCGGAAGGAGGAGCUCCGUCUCAGCCACACCAGCUAUCUGCGGCAGCACCCCGAGGCCCAGGCGCUCAUCUCGGACUUCCUGCUCUUCCUGUUGCUGCGCCAGCCGCCAGACGUGGUCACCUUCGCCGCCGAGUACUUCGGCCCCUUCGCGAAGCGCCACCCCCCGACCCCCGCCUUGCGCUCCUCCCACCGGCCCAGCCCCUUCCGCUCGCUGGACCCCCAGCGGCCGCCGCACUAG